CAAGCUGGAACUUCUAGUCGCUGGGUAAUCUGAGGCUGUCGCCCAACGACUUAGCGUGGCCGAAGGUGGCAUGGUCGAGUGGAAGGACGCGUUCAGCAAGGGCGUCGCGUGCUUCCAAGCUCAGAGAUACGAGGACGCGUUGCGGCUUCUGUCCCACGCAAUCAACCUUCAUGCGCGCGACUCCACCGUCUUCGAUUCCAGAGCUGCAGUUCACGAGAAGCUUGGCCGCACGAAGGAAGCCCUCCUAGACUCAAAACAGGUCAUCAAGCUCUCACCGGAGAGAUGGCAGGGCUACGCACGUUCUGCCCGAUUGUUCUUCAGCAUCAAGAAAUUCGAAUCAGCUCUCAGAAUGACCGAUCUGGCGCAUGAAAGGAUCAAACCUGAAGACACCAAACGUCGCACGGAGCUCGAGGCACUACGUUCUGACAUCGAGACUACCCAGGCCGCUCACACAAGACGGCAGCGACAGCGCGCAUGCACGGCGUUUUACCAUUUCGGAAGACUCCCUGUCGAGAUCGCCCACGGCAUUUUCUCCCUUGUCGUCGAGGAGGAUCAUACACAGGUUGUCGUACUGGGUCAAGUCUGCCGCGACUGGAGAUGCGUCGUGGUCGAAAUGCCUAACUUAUGGACCCAUCUGUCGCUAUCAACCGUAAAUCCAAUAGUCAAGGCCACGCUUUGGAAAACACGCAGCAGAGGCAAACUGAAGGCUCUGUGCAUUCGAAGUGGGGAUGCAAAGACCAUGUGGGCUCUACAAGUACUCGAAACUACAUCCCUCGAUGGCCUUCAGACGCUAUCUCUUGCCGAAGUGGAUAUCUGUGCCCUCCGUCAGCGUCUCCCUCUGCUAUCGCACGAAAUCAUCUGCCAUCUUGACAGGUUGGAGCUGCACAAUCCUCUUCCGACGAUGGACAUUCACCGGCUAUUCCAUUCACCGACGCUACAGCUUCGCACUCUAAGUGUGCGCGGAGUGUUUAUACCAUGGGGCGACCUCACAGAGCGCUGUGAAAAGCUGACCACCCUCUCAUACCAUGGAUGCUUUAACGCUACUUAUCUCCACGAUCUAACAUCGUUCCUCCAGCGAAAUACUCGCCUAGAAGUCGUCGAAUUCUUCGCUGGCGAAGAUGCGAUGUCGUGGAAAUACCAGUCAUUUGUCUCAACGCCUGUGCAUCCGUCUUCCACGGAUCGAGUGCCCCUGUCGACUCUCACGAAGCUUGCCCUGGGCGGUCCUUUCUUGGGCUCCGAUUUGUUCUGCAAGCUCCUCUGUCCAAAUCUCCGGUCGUUGCACAUCUCGAAGUGGACUGGCACAAUAGACGUUCCCCUUGAUCAUGCCCGUACUAGCUCUGCGGCUGCGCCUCUCGAAGAACUCAUAAUCGACCGUUGCAGCCUCUUGGAUCCUACUAGUCUCGUGCGUUUUCUCGAGAGCGCAAAAAACAUAAGGACGCUGCAUCUUCUCGGCAUGACGAAUGCAGGGGUGGUCCUCCAGUCCUUGGCGGAACCGAGGAGCAACGAGAUCCUGUGUCCGCAGCUCACCCAUCUCAACGUCUCCCAUUGCCCUGACGUCCGUGAUGGCCCACUGCUACGACUCGUGAAAGUUCGUUUGCCCCUCGAAUCGCUGCACUCCGCUGAAGACAUCGAGCAAGGGGAGGCCAGACUUCAAGCCUCGCCACGACCCUCCCCGCUUAUGUCGCUCAUUCUUGACGGCUGCCAGACAAUCACUGCCGAAAUUCUACCAUGGCUUAGGCAAAACGUGCCUCACGUCAGGUGCCAGUUCGCUACGAAGAAACAGGCUAGUUGGAAGCGGUAGUCAUGACUCCAGACAGGAUACUCUAUGUACUCUGGACGAUUUCUAGACAGGCACAAAUUCAUUCUAAGAUUCGGGGGGUGUAGCUGGUUGCGAAGUAUCAGUCGACCCAAGGCGUUUGACACUCUGACAGUGCUCUCUGUGUGUCUUCCAGUGCAGUCUUUGGCAUUCGGAGUCGCAGU